UGAGAAGUUCCUUGUGACACACUAAUCCAAGCCAGCUGAUAGGACGACGCGCCCCCCUUUCCCCCCACAGACGGCUUCCAGCUUCCUCCGGAGCUGCAGAAGGAUUCAGGUAACAGGUAGCCCCCAAGGAGAAGCUGCCUUCCUGGCAGGACACCUAAGACUCGGUUGAAAUUACACAGCCCAAGUUGUUCUUUGAAUUGUCCCAACUUUCUCUUAGCGCCAACAGGAGGAGUUACAGCUGAGACUUACAUCCUCAGCCCUAGCUACUGCGCGCCGUUUCCUCUCCCCUGAGUUCCUUGGCUGGGGACAGGACACCAGGAGGGACCAGGACAGAGGAACUAGGGCCUUUCUUUUUCCAGGGACUCACUGUUUUCCAGAGGCAAUAUGUCAGAGGGGGUGGGCACAUUCCGCAUGGUACCAGAGGAGGAGCAGGAGCUCCGAGCCCAGCUAGAACAGCUCACCACCAAGGACCAUGGGCCUGUCUUUGGCCCGUGCAGCCAGCUGCCCCGCCACACCUUGCAGAAGGCCAAGGAUGAGCUGAACGAGAGGGAGGAGACCCGGGAAGAAGUGGUUCGGGAGCUGCAGGAGCUGGUACAAGCCCAGGCCGCCUCUGGGGAGGAACUGGCCCUGGCGGUGGCCGAGAGGGUGCAGGCCAGGGACAGUGCUUUCCUCCUGCGCUUCAUUCGCGCACGCAAGUUCAACGUGGGCCGUGCCUACGAGCUGCUCAAAGGUUAUGUGCAUUUCCGGCUCCAGUAUCCUGAACUCUUUGAAAGUCUGUCCCUGGAAGCUGUCCGCUGCACCAUUGAGGCUGGCUACCCUGGUGUCCUCUCCAGUAGGGACAAGUAUGGCCGAGUGGUCAUGGUCUUCAACAUUGAGAACUGGCACUGUGAAGAAAUCACCUUUGAUGAGAUCUUGCAGGCGUAUUGCUUCAUCCUGGAGAAACUGCUAGAGAACGAGGAAACUCAAAUAAAUGGCUUCUGCAUCAUUGAGAACUUUAAGGGCUUCACCAUGCAGCAAGCAGCGGGGCUGCGCACCUCGGAUCUCAGGAAGAUGGUGGACAUGCUCCAGGAUUCCUUCCCGGCUAGGUUCAAAGCCAUCCACUUCAUACACCAGCCAUGGUAUUUCACCACCACCUACAAUGUGGUCAAGCCCUUCUUGAAGAGCAAGCUCUUGCAGAGGGUCUUUGUCCAUGGAGAUGACCUCACUGACUUCUUCCAAGAGAUUGAUGAGAACAUCCUGCCCGCUGACUUUGGGGGCACGCUCCCCAAGUAUGAUGGCAAGGUCGUUGCUGAGCAGCUCUUUGGUCCUCGGGCCCAGGCUGAACACACAGUCUUGUGAAGACAUGCCCGGGCACCUGGACACACUCAGCAUCCCUGGCCCUUCCUCAGCUGUGCUGGACCCAGCUCUUUGGAAAAGAGCUGCCUGAGGUGAUCUGUAUAUCCCCGAUCCUCCCUAGUUUAAGGGAGCCCAGGUAUCACCUUUGUCCAAAACUUGUGGGGAGGAGGGCGCAAACAAGGGGAAUCCUCUUCAACACCACAAUGGGGGACAGUUAUCCCAUCUGCCUCUGAAGCGACAGGACGUUGACUUUGUGUGAGAUUGAAUUUCAAAGACAGCUCCUGCUUCUGGAUGAUUUUUCUUUUUAAUAGUUUUGAUAUCUAAAGACUGUGAGGCUGAGAUAAAAACCGAUACAAUAAAAAGAUGAAAGAG